AUGAUUUCCGGUUCCGGGCAGGAGUCUAUGAUGAUCGUACGCGAAAGAGAGAACAGGCAAAUUGUAAUUGAAAAGUGCGACGAAAUUAGAAAUAUAAGAUUUACCGAAUCAAAUUUAUAUUUAGAUCGAUCCUCGCGUGCUCGAUUGGAACAACAUACUAAAAUAUUUGCAUCCAUGUGUCCUGAUGAGAUCCUUGAUUAUUACAAUAACUAUGAAACCAGAGAAUACGAUACAACGUUGAUGCUCGGCGACAUCUCAGGCUUCACGGAUCUCACGGAAAAGUAUUCGAAGACCGGUGUUGGCGGUCCCUCAAAACUAUCGGAAACUUUGAACAGUUAUAUCGGCGCGAUGGUGCAAGAAAUUCUCUCGCAUAACGGCGACGUCGUGAAUUUUUCCGGCGACGCGUUCAUAGUGAUGUGGAAACUUCAAGAGGGGAUGUUUAUGCGCGAUAUAGCAACGGAGGCGAUGCAAACGGCGUGCAUCAUACAAAAACAUUUCGGAACUUAUAACACCGAUGUCGGCGUAACGCUCAGAGUAAAGCUUGCCAUUGCUUCUGGAAAAACGUAUUUCACAUCUAUUGGCGAUCCAAAAACAAUAUCUUAUUAUGUCAUUACUGGAAAACCUGUGUGGGAUGUAAAAUUCGCCGAAGCAUUAUGCCGAGGUGGCGAUAUUCUCGUGGCACCCAGUAGCUGGCAGUGGGCAAAUCCAAACGAAUAUGUUUUCGAACAACUACCGGAUGGUGUACAUACUCUGAUCAUAGCUUGCACAAUAAUGUGGUAUUUGAGACCUUACGAAGUUCAAAACGAGAGAGGCGAUUACGCAAACACUAUACAUGAUGAGGACUUCAUCGAUUUAAUAUCGUAUAAAGUACCAGAUAAUGUCACGGAUUGGACCGGCGAGAAAGAUUAUUUUGAGGAAGUCGGUUAUACUCUGAGGCCCAAAGUCAUAAAAGCAGCUAAAGAGGGAUUGAAGGAUUCAUUGAGAAGCUACAUGCUCAGACCGGUAAUACGAUCCGUGGAUAUCGACGAACCGUUGGAACAUCUUACAGAGAUGAGACAAGUAGUCAUACUCUUUAUCAAUAUCAUUACAACGGUUAUCGACAAUGAAGGAUUAAUCUCGCUUGUUUCCGCGGCUUAUAAAAUAGUCUGUGGGGUAGUCGGUCAGAUGCGCGGAUGCGUGAACAAGACGUCUCUCUUUGAUAAGGACUUAAUAUUCCUUUGCAUAUUUGGAUUGCGCGGUGACAAACAUGAAUUCGAAUCGCAAAUCGGAUUGAGAUGUGCCAGUAGGUUACGAGAGGACCUUCAAACUAUGAACAAUAUAAAAUCUGUGACAAUCGCCGUUACCACUGGAAUGACAUAUUGCGGCGUAAUCGGCCAUGUCUUACGAAGGGAGUAUACGGUGAUAGGAAUGUCGGUGAAUAAGGCAGCACGCUUGAUGGUUGCAUAUGAUAAUAAAGUAAUAUGCGAUCGCGAUAGCUUUUUGCACUCUCGUCUCGAAGCGAAACACUUUAUUCUGCAAGAGCCAAGACAUUUGAAAGGAAUUACGAAUGUAGGUCCUGUCUAUGAAUUUCAGGAAGAGAUAAAAUAUGUUGCACCUGAAUUAAUACGUACAAAGUAUCCCUUGCUCGGACGAGAUGAGGAAAUUAAGAUUUUUCGACAGAUGUUAUCGGAUAUAAUGAAACAUUUUACUAUCGACAAAACAACAGAAUAUUUACAUCUCGAAUACAACACGCUAAUUAUAAAAGGCGAACCGAGAAUCGGGAAAACGAGAUUAUUAGAUGAAAUAGUGCAGAUUAUUCCCACAGGUGUAUUAUCCAACUAUACUUCCUUGAUCAUGAAUGACGCUAAGGUUUCUUAUAAUUUGAUCCAUUCGAUAUUUUCGAUACCUUUGGGCUUUAACAUCGUCACAACGUCGAGAGAACGUGAAGAAAUACUAAUAUCACAACUAGGCCAAAUACAUGAAUCGGAUUUUCUCUGCGCCCUUAAUCAGCCCUUUAAUGUCCGUUUCGUAAUGAAUCCGGACUACAAUGCGCUGUCCCGCAGGCAAAAACGCAAUGUGUUGCGCAAAUUGUUAUUCAGACUAAUGAGAAGUUGCUUCAAGGAAUUAUGGGUAGUGAUUAUCGACAACAUCCAAUAUGGUGACCAAGAUUCUAUGAAACUAUUUCCUAUGAUAAUCAAGUGGGACACGGUCUUUUUCGUUCUUAGUCUCGGACGCAAACUCGAUGACGGAUACGAAAUGCAUCCCAUCAUUUUGGAGAAAGCUCGAAUUAUUGAAUUGAGUCACAUAGACAAAUGGUAUCAUGCAGGACUCGCAUGUCAGAUUCUUGAUACAUGUGGAAUUCCUCCAGAGCUCGAAAAAUUGAUUCAAGAGAAAAGUUUUGGUAAUCCGGGAUGGAUAGAAAGUUAUUUGUUAAGCCUCACGCAGUCUGGUAGUCUCGUAAUAAUGCAUAUCCGUAGAAUGAUUGCCGAGGAAAUGGGCUACGUGCUUCCUCCCAUUAGUAUGCUAAGAAGGGUAGUUUCAGAAGAUAUUUUUAUAGAUAAUGAGACUGAAGAAGAUCGUUUAGAUAAAUGGAAGAUGUAUAGAACAAGUUAUCAAAAUGGUGCACUACAACUGGAAAGCAUCAUUCAUAGACCUGGAAUGCCAAUUUAUGACGAAGAAACAAUUGCUGUUUGCAAAUUUACGGAAACCUUUGUACCAGAAGAGGGAGAUGCUGACGUGACAAUGGACGUAAUGAUCUUGAAGAUUUUCGAUUCGUUAACACCGUUGGAUCAAUUAUUAUUAAAAUGCGCAUCAGUUUUGGGAGAAAUUGUUAAUAGAAACAUAUUGCAGUUUCUAAUGGAAGAUAAAACAACAAAGGAAAUUGGGUUUGCUAUCAAGAAACUUUUCGAGAUUCGAAUUUUUGGAUGUGCACGGGGCGACUUUAGUAUAGGUGGCAGACCAUUGGUGUUCUAUAGGAAUAUAAGGAAACUCAGUGUCGGCGUAGAAAUUAUGUGCGAAUGUGUAGGUCUUAUGAUACCAGAGGAACUAGCUGAUUUGCCGCGAUAUGCAUCUUGCGGUCUGAUGCGUUUUAAAAUGUCGAUGUUUCGCGAAACUACUUACAGAUCACUCACGGAAAAUCACAAGAUAGAAUUACACAGCAAAGCGUUAAAAUAUCUUCGACAACAUACCAAACGAUGUAUGGCUUGUGGUGAAAUACAAUUUGCAAGAUUGUUGGGUAAAACAGCUGUGCUAGAAACUAACAGAAAAAGAUUUCAGACAUCAAUUGACAUCCAGCAACUUGAAGAAGUAACUUAUGUUCUCAAAGAAGAUAUAAAAAAUGAUAUGCAACGGAUAAAAGAGAAAACUGCAAUAUGUUUAAAUAUUUUUCGAAAAGUCAGAAAACCUACCAAAACCUUCUCUAAUGUUGACUUCGCCAAUUGUCAGUGUUAUCUUAUCUUAGCGACUGUUUAUGCUCAAAUGUUGGAGCAUUGUCAAGGAAUUGGAAAACAAGAUAUGAUUCUGACGGCAAUUUUGGAAUUUGUUGAGAUUUGUUUGGCAGGUAAUAAUAUACCUCAAGCUUAUAGACUUCUGAGUGAUGCUGAAACUUUGCUUGGACAAAUGUUUGAAGCUGACGAGGAAAAAUCAAUAGCUCUGCUUUAUCUCACUGCAAAAAUCCAAACAUUUCAAGGUAAAUGUUUUCUGGAAAGUGGUUUACUUUCUGAAGCAAAGAGGAAGUUGAAUGAGGCAUUGAACAGUCUGGGCUACAAUUUUCCACAACGAGAAUUCAAUAUCAACUUGAAAUCAUUCCUUCAGCUCGAACAGCUAAGAUGGAGACUGAUCUGUCCCAAACUUUGGGAAAUUGACAUUGCCGAUGAACUCACCAUAAAUUAUAUCGAGCAAUUGGCUAAGUGUUUGGCACAAAUGUUCAAUGUUUUCAAAGGAACGAAGAAAAUGAAAAAAUAUGAACGGCUAGCAGCUAUCUGGGGCUUAAACGCUGCACUGGAUUCGUCACAAGAUUUUCUUAUGCUCUGCACUUCAUUCACAAACAUGAUGCUCACCGCGCAUGUUUACCGAACCAAACGAAUUGUUCCUCAUUUGGAAAAACAAGCUCUUAAUAUUUGUGCGAAGAAAGGAGACUUGCUCGAAUUCCAAGAACUCAAAGCCAUUGCCAAGCUUUACGCAGCGAUAUUUUUUUCGCGAUGGUUAAGAGGAGAAAUCAGUAAAGCAAUUAGAAUCGGUUUUAUCACACUACGGAUGGCUCAAACCAUGGAUUCUGUGUUUCUCAAACAGCUUAUAAUACCGAGAUUGGCUCAUUUGCUCAUGCUCUUAUGUCGUCAUUCCGAAGUCGUGACUAUGCUGAGAGAAUUAGAAUUUGUAUCGCAAAAUUAUGUGGACAAAUCAGGUCGUACAUGGUAUUAUGCCAUUUGCGCUGACAUAAAACUCGACACCGGCCUGACAGUUCUCUCAUUUCACAAUUGUGACAAAUAUUAUCUUCAGGAAGGAGAGAGUAUAAUCAGUUUUCAAGAUCCCGAAGCGGAAAGGCGAUAUUUCACCUCAAUGUGGUUAUGGUAAAUCUACAAUUUUACAGUGCGAGAAGUUACUACCAGGAACAUAAACGCGUUGAAUACGAUGUCAGAAAUUAAGCAGUUAUUCCGACAUGUUGAGAAAAAUUUAAUAAAGAUUGUGAAAAUUGCAAUUCCCAGAUACAUGUUGAUAAAAGCUUACUAUUAUAUGAUACAAUCGCGAAAAAGUACCGCAAUUAAAAUGCUACAACAAACAAAGAAAUUAUCUAUAAAAGUAGAUAACCGAAUGAUUUAUGCGUGGGCAAAUCAUUGUCAUCAGGCUUGGCUAGGCGUUAUACCUUCCGUACGCGAAAACUUGUGGGAAGAAAAAGCUAUGGAACGACGUGACGAAUGGGAUGAAAUAAAUGUUAGCGAUUCAACAAUGAUCCCUUUUACAUUUCCAUUGCCGCAAUAUAUCUCAAUGUUUCAAUAAUAUAUGCAUAAUUGUAUCGUAAUUAUGUAAUGUAUUAU